AUGUUCGAUAGCUGUUGGGUUCGUGUGGCCAACGCAUUGCUGACAACUGAACGUGCGAGCGCCGCACGUUGGGUCCCUCGUGCGAGGCGUCGCCCAUGUGCUGGUGGCAAACCCUUCCCCAAUCACAACAGCCGCCAGAGCCGCCGCGCCUCUCCUUCCUCCUCGCCGCCCCCUGCCGCGGCGCGCAUCCCUCGGAUCAUCGUGCCCAACUCCCCUUCGUGUUUCUCCUCCUCCCAGAACCACAUCUCGUCGCUUAGGCUCCUUGGUGGCGGCCGGCUCGAGGCGAGCCUGGCGCAGGCGGGGAGAAGCAGCGGGGCGGCGGAUGCGGGCGGGAGAGUGCCGGACGGCACCGUCAUUGUCGCCCCGCCAAGACGCAUCGAAGAAGGACCAGGAUCUCACCCUCGUCCCUUCUGGAUGCACCUCCCCACGACGAAGAUUUCAUGCUCAACCUCCCUCACGGCCCCAGGGAAGACUAUGAUAACACUAAGAUUAUCAAGAAAGGAUUCAGGGCUUUUUUUGAAUCCAGAUUAUCACACAUGAUGCAAAAUUAACAACCACGACUUUGAAAUAUGGAUGAUGAUGCUUAUUAUGUGCUAGAAAUCAAAUAUGUAAAGGAGAAGAUAAUGUUUGCGAAGGUGUGUAUGCUGAACAAGCAUCCUGAUUGAUGUGUUUUUCUGUUGUUUCUUGAUGUGCCCUCAUGCAGCUGUGUCCAUAUAUACCGAUUGUUAUACUUAUUGUUGUGUGAGUUGCAGGAGAGGGGAGAGAGAUACAGGUUGAUUCUGGGUAAACUUUGCUUAAUUUAUUGGAGAAAAUGCUCGAUAGAUCUCAUGGAUGGAUGAGGUUGUGGCAGUAGUUCUCGGGUGCAAUAUCUACCUUGAUAGAGUGAUCAACCAGGGCACAUUAGAAGCAGAAGAAGAGGAAACGUUUGGGCCGUCUAUGGCGUUGAAGAUUCAGUGUUUCUGUCUUGUGUACAUGCACGGCCAGUUCAGUAACUAGAUGGCCUUUUCUACUGUACUGGUGCUGCUACUUUUCACAUGCUAGCUUCUUUGGAAAGCGCCAACAGUGUGUACAACAUGUAAAGAGUCCAUCUUGAAGGAACAGAAGCAGAAGUAUGGAGCUGAUGUAUUAAUGGUCAAUCAAGGAAUUCAGUCUCGAGGAUCUUAA